AGUGGUUGCCUUAGCGACAAUAAACAGGUCGAGUGGGGCGCACCGUGCGUUCCCUCGGUGAAACUGAACCGGCACCGAAGUUAAUACACCUGUGGACCUCAGCAGCAGAUAAAUUCUAGACUGUGUUCUCUGCAGCAGUUUGUGUCUGACCAAACCAUGAAACACAGUGGAAGAAAACACUACUUUGAUGAAUGAGAGCUGAUGUCAGUAUGGAGGUCACCGGGUCCAGACAGUCUGUCCGCCUUGGCCGGCAGGCUACUGAUGGAUGCUGCACACCAUGCCCAGACAGUGGAGAGAGAGACAGCCUGUUUAAGUAUCAGAAGGCCCGGCAAUGCAACCAAAGUGAAAGCAAAACCCUGCAAACAACUACACUUCCCGAAGGCAAAAAUCGACAUAGCAUUGCCACCCUGCCAUAUCUCAGCCUAGACAGACUGAGUAUAGCCAAAGCCAUCGCGAACAAAGCUGUCAAGAUGCAUAAGGUAUUCUCCAUCCAGGGCCCUUACCCUGUCAUCAGGGCAGCAUUGAGGGCCAGAGGCUGGGUUGAGCAGCGUUUACAUCGCCCCAAACAGUAUGUGCACCAGCGUCAUAGCGAUGAGAGCAGAGCCAGCUCUAAUGAUGCUGGUGACAGCGAUGAUGAUGAUGAUAACUCAGAUGAUGUUGAAAAAGAGCAGGAUCCAGAUGGACUAUAUGAUCUCAUGUCUCGCCUGGUGCGCAAUGAAAUGGUUUAUUUCUAUUGGACAAACCGUAGAGACGCUAUCAACACCAACAGCUUGCAAAAAGAACAGAUUACCAAUCAUUUUGCAAAAACAGGCAGCUUCACCACCAAGGUGGGCUUGUGUGUGAACCUGAGGAACCUGCAUUGGUUUGAUUCAGCUGACCCAGACACCUUCUUCCCCCGCUGUUACAGACUAGGAGCACAGGAUGAGAAGAAUAUUUUCAUUGAAGACUACAAGAGGACAGCCUGCACCAGUCUUUUGAAGUACAUUGUGGAGAGGGAGCAGGAUAUUCAGGGAGAGGGGACAAGUAACAACUUUUGGGCUGUUCAUGAUAACAGGAAACGAUGCAAACGGCAAUCUAGACCGGUGGUCCUUUCGCAAAUGAUUGACAGGGCACUCAAAGUAUGCCAGGAGUUUUUAGAGAGUCUGGAGCACAACGACAUAGACAUACGCUCGGAGACACCACAAACACUUACAAAGGAGGAGUGGGCAGAGUUUAUUGACAAUUACUACCAUGUUGUUCACGGUGGAGCCCAGAUUGAGAACAGUAAUCGUUUUGUGAGCUGCUGUAAGGCCAUGCUGCAGCGGCUGGCGAAGGUCAGUCCACAGCUGGAUAUAGAUGGCAUACACAACAUCUGGAUCAUCAAACCUGGAGCUAAGUCCAGAGGCAGAGGUAUCAAAUGCGCCAAGCGUCUGGAUCAGAUCCUCAGGCUGGUGGGCAGUGAGUCAACCCUCAUGAAGGACAACAAGUGGGUGGUGCAGAAAUACCUGGAACGCCCCUUGCUGGUCUAUGGCACCAAAUUUGAUGUGCGCCAGUGGUUCCUGGUCACCGACUGGAAUCCUCUUACUGUGUGGUUCUAUAAAAAGUGCUACUUGCGCUUCUCUACACAGCCUUACUCACUAGAUACACUGGACAGCUCAGUCCAUCUUUGCAAUAACUCCAUCCAGAAGCAUCUGAAGCCCUCCCAACAACGCCAUCGAGGCAUCCCAGCAGACAACAUGUGGUCAGAUGACCAGUUCAGGACCUUUCUGUCCAAUCAGGGCCGCAAAGCCCAGUGGGAGACUGUGGUAGUCCCGGGGAUGAAGAAGGCAGUGAUCCAUGCUUUACAGACGACACAAGAUCUUAUGGAGUCACGCAAAAACACUUUUGAGCUCUACGGUGCUGACUUCAUGUUAGGUCGUGACCUGUGUCCAUGGCUGAUUGAAAUCAACGCCAGCCCCACUAUGGCUCCCUCCACAACUGUGACAGCCCGCCUCUGUGCUGCUGUGCAAGAGGACACACUACGAGUCGUCCUGGACCGGAGAGCAGACCGCACUGCAAAGACAGGAGACUUUCAGCUCAUAUAUAGGCAGGCAGCUGUAGAAGUGCCACAGUAUGUAGGAGUCAACCUUCUUGUUGAAGGCUUCAGGAUCAAACGCCCCUGCCCACUUCCUCCUCUGAGGCCCUCCAACCGCUCAGCACCAAAACAUUGUGGCACCGUCAAGGAAAAGGAGGCCGCAGCAGAAAAAGUAAAGUCUCUGCCAAAGACGUUGUCCAAGAGUGCCAAGACUUGGCUCAAAAACACCAGCAGCAGAGUUCCUCCUCCUCCUCCUCCUCCUCCUCCUCCUCCUCCUCCUCUUCCUCCUCCUCUUGAGCCACCUGUGCCCGUCCCUAUUGAAACCUUCACACUUCAUCUGCCAAUGACUGUAAACAAAUCCAUCCACCUACCUGUUAAUGCCCACUCAGAUGCUGUAUUUGUGUGUAAGAGGAGGACAGAAGUAUCAAAGGUCUCUUCAGAGAAAGUCCAACCCUGCAACACUGAGAAGCACCAAGGUCUCUCUUUGCUUUUGGAGGUUACUGUUCCAAAACAAUCCAGGCAAGCAGCCACUGGUACCUUGAGUACUUAAGGUCCUGCAGAAAAGGUACUAGUGCAGAAACAACAACAUCAGGGCUGUCAUCAGAUAUUUACUAUUAGUUUCUGUGCAGGUGAACAAAUAAACAAAAAGACUCACUGACCAAACUGUUCACACACUCCUCCAGUUUGAACCUUCCUUUUGCAGGGAUUAUUGGCCUACCUCAUAAUAAAGUCAGAAUUUAUAUUCUA